AUGAAUGAAUUUACACCAAUAACAAAGGACUUCCUUUUGAAAUAUAUCGAGAAUAAUGAUAUGUCUGUACUUCGACAGAUUAACUCUGCCUUUGAAAUCCAAUUUUCUUCGUACGACUUUCGAAAUUCUAAUUUCAUAUCUACAUGGGAACACCAAAUUGCGUAUUUAUUAGAUGUAUGCGAAAUUUUGUAUGGCAAAAUAAAUUAUUCAUCAUUUGUAUCUCAGAUUUUUCACUUAAUUAUCAACAUUACCAAAAAAAUCGAUGAAAUCGGAAAAUUUUCUCUCUACCAAGCUGAGGCUCUCUUUAAGUUAGGUAAGCAUGAGUUGGCUUUAAAAAAUCCUGGUUUAGCGAUAGAUUCUUUUUUAGCUUCUUCUUCUAUCUACGAAACAUACUCCUUACCGAUUGAAUUAGCAUUAUGUUAUGCAAACAUUGCGUAUAUAUAUUACUUACAAGAACGCUACGAUAAAGCAAUCUCUUAUGCACUUCCUGCGCAGCAAAAACUAUAUAACUCGAAACACAAUUCUGAAUACUCGAGCAUUUGUGACUUACUUUCGUUACUUUAUUUAGAAUUAGAUGAAAAAGAUCUGGCUAUUAGGUACCUCCAAGAAUCUUGUAGAGAACAGAUUCCUGUUAUACCAUCAAAUAUUAAACUUAAUUUACUUGAUUUUAGCCCGCAAAUUCCUAAUACGAAAAAUCCAAGACUGACGAAGCUGAAAUCACAAGAAAUAAUAAUUAAAGACCAAUCUACAAAGUUAGAUGACUCCAUUAAUCAACUACACUCUUUAUGUUUUUCAUAA